AUGACGUCCGGAGUUCUCGGCGUCCAAAGAACCUUCCUCGGUCCAAAGACGCGCUUCGUUCCUGAGCGCCUGGACUCAUAUCUUCGACGCAGACCUGUACACUCCUCCCACACACCCCUCGGCUCAAGUACCAACCGCAAGAAAGUUACCCUUCAAACCCUCCAAGCCAUGUACUCUCGCCAAGAGCCCAUCACCAUGAUCACCGCGCACGACUUUCCCUCCGCACACGUCGCCGAGCACGCCGGCAUGGAUAUGAUCCUCGUCGGGGAUAGCUUGGCCAUGGUUGCGCUGGGCAUGGAAGAUACGAGUGAGGUCCUGCUGGAAGAGAUGCUGUUACACUGCAAGAGCGUAUGUCGAGGGGCGAAGGCGCCUUUCAUCGUUGGUGACUUGCCCAUGGGGAGUUACGAAGUCAGUCCGGAGCAGGCGGUGCAGAGUGCGAUUCGGCUGGUCAAGGAGGGUAGGGUGCAGGCUGUGAAGCUGGAAGGGGGUGUGGAGAUGGCGCCGGCGAUUGCGAAGAUUACUGGUGCUGGUAUUCCGGUGUUGGCACAUAUUGGCUUGACGCCGCAGAGGCAGAAUGCCUUGGGUGGGUUCCGUGUGCAGGGCAAGUCCGUUGCUGGAGCUUUGAAGCUGCUCCAAGACGCUCAGGCUGUCCAACAAGCUGGUGCGUUUGGGGUUGUUCUGGAGGCCAUACCAGAGCCCGUCGCGACGUUGGUGACGAAGAAGUUGCAAAUCCCUACCAUCGGCAUCGGUGCCGGGAAUGGAUGCUCGGGACAGGUGUUGGUGCAGGUCGAUAUGUCUGGAUACUUCCCACCUGGACGUAGGAUCCCCAAGUUUGUCAAGAAGUUCGGUGAUCUUUGGGGUGAGGCUUCCAGGGCGAUUGAGGCGUACAGGGAGGAGGUCAAGGCGAGGAGUUACCCUGGCCCAGAGCACAACUACCCUAUGGCCAAGGAAGAGCUGGAGGAGUUUGCCAAGGUAGCCGAUAAGAUGUUGGCUGAGAAGGCUUCGUGA